AUGAGCCUAGGCCUCUCCCGCGACGCCGCUUACGCCUGGUUUCCGCACUGGACUUUAUCGAACGACCUGGUGGCUUUCCUUCAGCUCGUUACCCUCCUGGUUGGGGGGCUGUCCUCGGUAUGGCUCACCAACGCCAUCACGCACCGGUCUCUCAAGGAGAUGCUUCCACAGUUAUCGACGAUAUUUGGCUUGGAGUGCAUGUUUGCGGUGGCUGUCCUAGGUCCUGGUCCACCCUGGCACUAG